AUGCAGUUGCAUGAUAAAGCAGAGGCAUGUCGGAAAGAUUGCAGAAAGAUGUGCUUAGUAAUUCGAGGAAAAAUCAAAACUGCAAUUUUGGAUAUGCCUGAGUCGGAAGAAAUUCUUCAACUUCUUCAAGGCUCUUAUAUAAACUACUUCCAUUGCCAGCGUAUUAUUGAAAUUCUGCGAGAGACUGAAAAGGAUUCCAAGAACUUUUUGGGGUACUACUCAUCGCAGCGAAUGAAGGAUUGGCAGGAAAUAGAGUCGUUGUAUAAGAGGAACAAUGUUUAUCUCGCUGAAGCAGCUCAGAUUUUGCAACGCUUGGUGCAGUACGAAAUCCCCGCUCAAAAGAAGCAGAUAACGAAAGCAGAACAAGUUCUUGCGGAUAGCAUCAAAAAAGAAAAAGAUUAUGGUAAACAAGCGGAAGAUGGUCGUAAACUGUAUGAGAAAGAAUUACAACGCAUAGGAAUUCAGGUAAUACUUUUCACGGUCACGAAUUAA